AUUUGGGCUCGUCUCGGUGAAUCUCACGUCAUGUUCAGCAUUAUUCCUCCUUACGAAUUUGAUACCAAGAUUGCCAAAAAGGUGGCGCCUUUGACUUUUGUAUACGUGAUGAUGCUGGCUAUGAACAACCUUUGUUUGAAAUACGUCGAAGUGACCUUUUACCAGGUUGCACGGUCCUUGUCGAUCAAUUUCACCAUUCUGUUCACCUACUUGAUUCUCGGAAAAAGCACCUCUCGACCGGCCUUGAUGGCAUGCUUCAUUGUAUUCGCAGGCUUUGCUAUUGGAUCUUACGGUGAAAUCAACUUCUCCUGGGAAGGCAUCUUUUAUGGUGUCGGCUCUUCCGCCUUUGUCGCUCUUUACGGUAUCUACGUUCAGAAAACCCUCUCCGCCGUCGAUAACAAUCAAUGGAAAUUGCUUCAUUACAAUACCACCUUGGCUAUUUUGUUCCUGUUUCCCCUCGUUGUGUUUUCGGGUGAAUUAACCGAGAUCGCCGCCAAGAGCACGGACGUCAUUCAAAGCAUGAGUUUCUGGGUUCUGAUGACAAUUACUGGUAUUACUGGAUUUGCCAUCAACAUUGCCAUGUUCCUCCAAGUCAAGUAUACAUCUGCAUUGACAAACACUAUUUGUGGCACCGCCAAGGCUUGUGUUCAGACCAUUUUGGCUGCCAUGAUCUUCAAGAAUCCUGUAUCGGGCCUGAAUGCUCUUGGUAUUUUGUUGGCUUUGUUCGGCUCGGGUUACUAUGGCUGGGUGCGCUACCAAGAAAGAAUGGCCAAAUAGAUCAACUCGUCAGUGGUAUCUGACAUGUAGAUAAAAAAAAAAAAUUCAGAAAGACUCUGAAUAAAUUUAAACCAGCAUUUUUCAUAAACUGAGCCAGGUCGAUUUUGCAUAAGUGGAGCUACCGAUCCCGGCAUCGAUAUACGUCGUCGAGAGGAAAAUGAUCUGCGCUAAUAACCGACCCGCGGUACCCACAACGAGGAUCAUCAGUGUUCGUAUAUACGACAAAUUGAGAUAAACUGUAUGAGAACAAAUAUGUAAAAUUGAAUUGGCGGCGAUGACACGAUGUUGAUUUGUUCCUUGCGAAAUGUACCUGAAAGAGCUUCGACAUUCGACGCCAAGACAAUGAUACUGACAAGCCACGAAUAUUCCAGUUGUUUGUAAUCCCAGAUCACCAUCAAGAUCAAAAGCAUCUUGCCAAAGCUGGAGAUAAUCAAUGCCAUGGACACGUAGUUGUACCUU